CGCACAAAGCAAGCCUAAGGCAGCCGCUAUUCGUGCAAUAAGCACGUUGGGACUGUGGUGGGUGCAUGCCUUGGGCGGUCUGCAACGUAGCGUGAGCGCUAGCGCGAGCAUUGUGGAGCCCAGCCUGGCAGGGUGGGGCAGCCCUCUGCAUCACUGAGAUGCAGCGCUCCCCACGCCAUCACACGCCAUCAGCGCAGCACCGCACAAGACGCCGACGGCGCAUGCCAUCACGAAUCGCACCGUUUGCCGCCGGCUUCGCGCUCUGCUAUCUCAUAUUCGGCGGCGGGGACGACGGCGAAGCCGCCCGCGCCGAAAUCGCGCGCGAGAAGGCAGAAGCCGCGGCACGGCACGCCGAGAACGCGGCGACGGCGGCGGAGAUCGCGGAACGGGCCACGCGCGGCGAGGUGCGCGGCGGCGACCCCUACGCGUGCCCCGUGCGCGUCCCGAGUUCCAUGCGGUACUGGACAAAGCCCGUGGUAGAGCAGCCCGGCGACGCGCCUGCAUAUGAUGUAGAGGCUUAUUUGACCUUUGUUCCGGACUUUGGAGGGUUGAAUAAUGUGCGACUCAGCCUCGAGAACGUCCUCUCGCUAGCGAGGGCGUCGGGCCGCGUGCUGGUACUACCGCCGGUCCAGCCCUACUACCUCCUAAACGCGUGCAAGGGCGCCUGCGAGUACUCGCUGGCGGACUUCUUCCCCGCUCUAUUGGAGAAUCAAGAGCGGGCCAAGGUCGUGACGUCGGCGGCGUUCUUCCUCGAGAUUCUGCCGCGCCUGGCGAAGGGCGGACGGUUACCUGAGGAUGCCUGGCCGCCCGACGCCAAGGUCCUGAGGGCCGCGAGACGGUGCGCUCCGAUGCACAUUGCAAAGGCGUCGUGCUACGCGCUGUACGACUGGCUCGACCGCCACUUCCACAAGUUGACGCCGCAGACGGAGACGACGGUGGUGUUGUUCGGUGAGAGUAAGGCGCGCAGGACGCUGGAUGCGGCGAAGGUCGACGCGCGCGUCGCGAAGGUGCGCCACGACCCGCCGGAAUGGAGGUUAGAAGGCGUGAAAAGGCUGUGGCGCGACACCGUCGACGGUGAUGCAAUCCUCGGCGACCGGACCAACGCCGUCGUCGCCCACGUGCGCUCGGCGGGCUGGCGCACGCACGGCGCCGAUUGGAGGCACAUCGACAGCGCCGGUCGGUUGCUCGUGCCCUUCUACACCUACGUCUAUUUUGUGGAUCACGCCCAGCAGAACCUGCACAAGCGGUUGAUCCGCGACCUCGUCCGCCACGGCGACCGCGUGACCUGUGCCGCCGCGGCCGUCGUCGCCUGGCUCGACCGCCAGGCCCCACCCGCGGUCAAGGGCGCCGACGCGUCGUAUAGUAGCCUCCACGAGCGGCUGAACGACUUCCAGUUCAAGGGCCAGAGCAAUGUGCUUGCAGCUCUCAAGGUCCUCGCGCCGCGCGAAGCCCUGUGGGUGGCGACGGACGCCAAAGACAAGGCGCCCUUCGACGGGAUCGCGGAAGCUGGCCACCGCGUCGUGACGCUCGAGGACGCCCUCGUGGCCGCCGCGUCGCGCCGGCGCAACGCGUCCUUACCCAGGCACGUGGCCGUCGCCGCCAACGACGUCGCCAUGACGGAGGGCGAGGCGGCGGCAUUGGCGCGCAUCGGCGCGAACGAGCGCGGCCUCGUCGACGUUUUAGUCGCGUCGCAGGGCCGCACCUUCACGGGCACCUGGUUCUCGACGCUGUCGACGCACGUGCAGCGCAUCCGCGGCUAUGUCGGCCGCCCGGACGCGUCGACCUUCUUCUCGGAACCGAAACGGUGGGCCGCCUGCCAGAAGUGGGAGGAGCCGCGGCGUCCGUGGUACAUGCGUGAGUAUCCGACGGCCUGGCGCGACGUCGACGGCCGCGCGGCGCCGGCGCCGCGGCGCGGCGAGGGCGUCUACAACAUCGUCCAGGACGGCGUCGACUACUCCGCGGGGGGGUACCCGCAGGACGCCGCGCGGGGCCCGGCCCGCAGGGCGUACCGGCGGGAUGUGUACUAG